AUGGGAUCGGAACAACAGCGCAGAGAGCGGGAGCAGGAAUUCCAGAGCAAACAGCAGGAAGCCAUGGGUUCCCAAGGGAACCUGUCAGCUGAGGUGGAGCAGGUGAUAAGGCACCAGGUUCAAGGCAUGCAGAGCUCCCAACAGAGAAACCGUGAGCGUGUCCUGGCCCAACUUCUCGUCAUUGUCUGUGAUGUGAGGCCCCAGAUCCAUGCCAACUACUGGAUGACUGCCUAG